CCCCCCGGAUCCCCCUUCAACAUCUUUGCUUUCUCAAGCGGGCUAUACCGACAGCUGUACUUGUCGGAUUCUCUUCUACUGUUGCGCAUCGUAUCGCAGCGCCGACGUCCUCUUUUUUCCUCUUCUUUCCUCUGUUCUUGGUCUCGCCUCUUCUGCACUGUUCAGACAACCGCGGGCAAUGCCGCCGCGCUGAAGUCGGCACGUGUUCGCAUCAUCCUUCGCCAUGGUCUCUUUCUGGCCCUGGAGGGCCGACGACUCCUCCCCCGCCUCUUUCGAGAAGACGCUCUCCGCUCUUUCGGCCAAGAUCACAAACACCCAGGCGAGGCUCGAUGGCGCGCGAGCCACCGCCCGUCGCAUCAGGGUGCUGUGGUCCCUAUACCUCGCCUUCGCAUACCUCGUCUACUCCAUCGUCAUCUUCCUCGUCGUGGGAAUGAACAGCAUGGGCGUCUGGGAGUGGGCUGGCGUCGCCGGGGGUCCGGUUCUAAUCUACCUCACCCGGACCGUCGUUACGGCUCUUUUCAAUUACCGCAUCGAUGCGCUGUCGGCCCGCCUCAAGGACCAGCAGGCCGAGCGCGCAAAGACCAUCCAGAAGCUCAAGGAAGCCACCAGGUACGACACCACCCUGGAGCUCCUCGAAAAGUACGGCGGCAAUGAGGGCAAGGCCAAGGCCAAGAGGCAAAGCGUCUCCGAAGCAGAUAAGAAACAGCAGCAGCAACAGCAGCAACAGCAGCAUCUGCAAGGAAACGGUCACAGCAAGAGCGCCCCGGGUGGCCGGACGAACAUGCCCCCUCCCCCCACCGCCAACAUCCAGCGACGCGACGGCCCCUUCCCCGGCCAGGGCUCGCCGCCGCCCGGUUUCCAGGGCGGAAAAGGCCCGCGCCCCCAGCCCCCGAACGGCCUCGAGCCCACGGAAGAGUUCGCGCCCAACGCAUAUGCCCACCCGCCGUCGCCGCCGACCCAGUCGCAGCACUUUGCGCAGGCCGACGGCGUGCCCGGCUCGUCGCACUGGUACGACCGCAUCAUGGACCUCCUCCUCGGCGAAGACGAGACGGCGUCCAAGAACAGGAUCGUCCUCAUCUGCAAGAGCUGCCGGCUGGUCAACGGCCAGGCCCCGCCGGGCACCAAGACCCUGUCGGAGCUGGGCAAGUGGAAGUGCAUGGGCUGCGGGGCCACCAACGGCGAGAUGGACGAGGGCAAGCGCAUCAUGCAGGAGGUUCUCGGUUCGCGGGCCGGCCGCGACGAGGUGCCCACCGGCGAGGAGUUCAAGGAGUCGGACAGCGACGACUCGGACGCGGAUGCGGUGGUCAAGGAGGAAGAGGAGGAGAAGAGCGACGCGAAGGAAGUCACGGCGACGGGCAGACAGGGGCCAGCGGCGGGAACGAGGAAGCGCAAGGGCAAGGGUGGGAGGUGAAGAUGGCGCGGAUGGGCGGAUAUGCGCCGCCAGCUACACAGCAACAUUUCAUAGCAGAUUUACAACUUAUAAGAAACAUAUCAACAUGCUGAAGCCGUGCUAUCUAGGUACGGAUACCUCGUGUGUGUGUGUG